GCAUUGGAAGAAGUCGGUGUGCUGUGGCCGUGCGGAUCAGUGCUUAAACAGCUGUUAAGCAGAGCAGUCGGAAAUUGUAAGAGCUCAGAACUUGUGGCUCAGAACGGUUUUUGCUUCAAAAAAACUUCUCUCAGUUGGAAGGAAAAAAUUAUCCCAAGACAUAUAGUGUUGAAGUUCGCUUAAGGGUCACACAAUCCAACCCUUCUAAUUGAAUAUUGAGAACGUUCUCAGCGCUAAUAAAGUCCCUUUUCCGGGGCAAAGUGAAUUUAUAUUAAAAAAAAAUAUAUAAGACAAAUCUGUGCGAAAUUGUCGUGUGUUUUUCUUUAAAUAAAAAUUAUCUUUGGUUUUUCACACAAACAACCUUUCCUCAUGAAAACGUUCGGUCUUACUUAACUUUUAAAGAGAAAAAGUGUGUGAUCGCAUAAUUUUCAUGGAAAUUCAACGACAAAUUCUCCAGAAGAGAAUCUUCUAAAAAUCACGGAAAAUAUUAAUAUAUAGACAAUUGUAAGACUAAUUUGAUAAAAGUGGUGGGUGAGUGUCACGAGGAAGAAUUGAAAAAUAAGAAAAGAAUAAGAAAAGCAAGAAAAAAAAAGUGAACAAUUAUUUGUGAAGACAUUGCAAUUGUUGGUUUCGCCGAAGAACCAAUAAACCAAACUUUUCUGUACACAAAAAUGGUACCCCAGCAUUCACAAGAGGGUAAUAUGACACGUACAGACAUUGAGUCUACCACCGCGGCCGAUGGCCUCCAGCACACAAGAAUUGUCUUUGGAUCCCAGCUCGUGGAUAAAAAUUCAAGCACCCCCUAUUCAGAUGCCACCAAGACAAAGAAACACCAUCCAGGUCACAUUAAGCGACCAAUGAACCCUUUUAUGGUAUGGAGUCAGAUUGAAAGGCGUAAAAUAACAGAAGUAACCCCUGAUAUGCACAAUGCCGAGAUCUCAAAGAGCCUCGGUGCCCGAUGGAAGGCACUUACGGAUGAGGAUAAGAAGCCCUACAUUGAGGAAGCUGAGAGAUUGAGGAAGUUGCAUUUGCAAGAGUAUCCCAACUAUAAGUACCGUCCGAAGAAGAAGCAGAAUAAACCAACAAAGGCCAAUCCAUCUGCCCCAUCCCCAUCUUCGGUAGGUUCCCCCAGUUCAACGGGUUCGCCAGCUUCGACGUCGCGUUCACCUCCACUGAGUGGAGUGCGCAAGGCAACCCGGCGCAAUUCACAGCGAGUCCUGAAGAAUGAUACGAACAACAAUAGUCGCAGUCCAGCCAAGACGCGCAUACGUCUUAGUCCAAUUACGGAACUAAUAGCACGCAAUGGGGUGGCUGCGGCUGCGAAUCAGGGGCAGAUUUAUGCGAUAGGUGACCCCGUUACGGGUCCGCAGGUGUACAGCAUGGACGGCAACGAGCAUAUCCCCAAUUCACCCGAAAGUGCCACGUUCUACGAGGAUAGCUCCCUGGCUGUGGCAGCGGACACACAGACGGACCGAAUGUUCGAUCCGGAGCAACGCCUCUUUGACAAUGACGCCAAAAUGUUCCUCGAGAAUGAUUCAUUUGCGGACACAAAUGACCUCCUUGAGACAUUCUGCGCCGAGGAUAACAAGAAUAUUUCGAUUGAUCUCAUGACACGGUACAUUGAGGUACCAAAGCAGGGUGCAUACUUCUACAGCAACGGGGCAAUGUUCAAUGGGGUCACGACGAAGAAGUAUCCCGAUGAUAUUACACGCCCACCCUCCCAGUGCACAGGUGCGAAUGGAUUUGAACAGGACACCCUGAGUGAAUUGCUCACGUCCAAUGAUGCAAACCUCAAUGCCACCAUCUGCGAUAAGAACCAGCUCAACAAUAACUACCACACGGAUACGUUCAGUGAGAUCAAGCAGGAGAGCGAUAGGGCCGAAAUGGGAGACUUCAAUGCCAUGAUUGAGCCCAUGGACUUCCAAAUAGACUCCUAUGAUAACCUCGAGACGAACUCCAGCAGCUCCGGCAGCCAUCUUGACUUCCCCUACAGCGAGGCAGAAACGUGCAAGAUGCUCACCGAUACGGACUUCGAUAUACCUAUGCCCAUGCUUUUUUCUUCAUAAAGGAAAAAAAACAAACACAUACACACAACAGACAUUUCAGUAAAGAUGUUCUCUGCAGUUUGAACAACCAACAACCAGUUGAUAAUAAUAAAAAAAAACUCAUUGAAAAAAAUUUGUAAAUAGCGUGUGAUCAAGAUGCAAAGAUAUUUGGGAGGAAAUGUGGAAUAAAAUGAAAAAUAAAAAAUAAAUAGCCGAUGAGAUGGUCAAAAGCAAUAAUGACACAAAAACACAUUUUUUGUCUCUCCUAAGAAAAUUAAUUUCUUUGUUUUCUUUUUAAAUUCUCAAUAAAAGAUAAAUAAAACAAACUGAUCAACUGAUUUAAAUUGAAUUUUUAACAUUAAUAUAUGUUUUAAAAAAUUCAAAUUAAACAACAAAAUGGAAAUCUGCAUUGAUCCUUCUGAGAGCAAAAAAAGGCAUUACACGAAAUGCAGAAAAAAGCACACAACACACAUAAAAAUAAAGAAAAAAAUACCAUAAAAUAUUUGAAAAAAAAUCACAAAAAAGAUGGAGAAACGUAUAAUAAAAGUAUAUUUUAAAUGUAAUUAAGAAUGAAGAAUACGAAGAGAACUUCUUUUGUAUAUGUAAAUUUUUGUAUUUUGUAGAAUUAGUUUGUAGAUAUAUUACAUAGUCUUUAUAUACUAUAUAUAUAUUAUAUAUAUUAUUACUAAAAUACAAAACAUUUUUACAUCUGAA